CUCGGGGUUAAGAGAAGCUAGCGGGAGAAAUCUGGGGCCGACGCGAACCCCUGUCGCAUAUGCAGUUAUCACGCAUGUGCAAAGAAAAAGUUGAUCAUUUGAGAAGAAUUCUGCAUCGACCUUCCCCACAUCCUUCCACGCCUGAAAAGCUCGUCCAAACCCGUGGACAAGCUGUCGACUCGAUUUCUCGUUCUUUCUCAGACAAUUAGGUCCCAAUUGCAACCAAUUCCGUCAAGAUGUCCCCAAUCGCUGCAGCAGGAGCCUCGAAGGACUACAAGAAGGAGUCGACACUGGCACGAUUAUUAGGCUCAGGUUCCGCUGGAAUUGCUGAACUUGCUGUCUUCCACCCUGUUGAUACUAUUGCAAAGCGUUUGAUGAGCAAUCAUGGCAAGAUUACCUCUGCAUCACAGUUAAAUACGGUCAUCUUCAAGGACAAAGCCGGUGCGCCAGUCGGCAGGAAGUUCUUCUCUCUGUUCCCAGGACUCGGAUAUGCUGCAGGCUAUAAGGUUUUGCAAAGAGUGUACAAGUAUGGAGGGCAACCCUUCGUCCGAGACUACCUAGCCAAGAACCACGGCGAUUUCUUCGACCAGACAUUUGGACCGAAGACUGGCAAAGCGAUGAUGCAUUCAUUUGCAGGCAGCUUGAUCGGUAUUGGUGAAAUUGUCCUUCUACCUCUCGAUGUCCUCAAGAUCAAGAGACAAACAAAUCCCGAAGCUUUCCGUGGCAGAGGUGUGGUCAGAAUUGUGAGAGACGAGGGCUUUGGGCUAUAUAGAGGUUGGGGAUGGACUGCUGCCAGAAAUGCUCCAGGAUCCUUUGCUCUCUUUGGUGGAUCGGCUUUCACGAAAGGAUAUUUCUUCGGCCUGUCGGAUUACAACAAAGCAACCUGGUUCCAAAAUUUUAUUGCUUCGAUUGCAGGUGCUUCAGCAUCAUUGAUCGUGUCUGCACCUCUGGACGUGAUCAAGACUCGCAUCCAAAAUCGAAAUUUUGACAAUCCAGAAAGUGGCUUCAAGAUUGUUGGAAGCAUGAUGAAGAACGAAGGUAUCACAAGUUUCUUCAAGGGUUUAGUACCAAAGCUCUUAAUGACGGGCCCGAAAUUGGUGUUCUCUUUCUGGCUUGCUCAAACCUUGAUUCCUGCCUUUGAUAUUGCUCUAUCAAAGAAAUAGACUAGCUAGCUACUGUGAUUUUUCAGGUGUACAAAAUGACUAGAUCAGGGAUCGGGGAAAAUGGCGUUUGUCAGCUAGCAGAAUAAUGCCCAACUUCUCUAUACAUACUUUAACGCACCCAGACUUGGAAAAAUUCACAGAAUUCUCGACUCCAAUAACUCUAUAUUGCAAAG